AAUGCACCUCCAAUUGUUGGCGAUGGUAGCGGCCAAUGGAAGUCGCGUGGACUAACACCAUGGCGGCGCCCAAGAGCGAUGGGACAGAGACGUUACCGGAUUUGUGGCGAAAAAUAUUUGAAAAAUAUGCGCCCGUGUUUCCGCACCCGCAGAGGCUGAAGCACAACUUUGACGAGGAACCAGCGGCUUAUCGGCUGCUCCUGAGCCUAGCCGAAAGCGUUGCAAAGCCGGCGUCGCCGGACCUGCGGUACCAGCUGCGCCUCACCUUCUUUGACCUGGUGUUCCGUAAAUUCUUUGGGUGCACGUGGAUGAGCCGGCCGAGGGCAGCGGCCACCGACGGCGGCAGCCCCGGCAAGUCGCGCUCCGUGUCCUUCAACGCGCCGGUGUACUUCUACACAUCGCUGUGCCACCCGGCCGUCGUGCUGGUGUUGGAGGUGGUGUGCCUGUCACCGCAGCAGAGGAGCGAACGCGCCAAUCCCAAUGUGUCAUGCGGGUGGGGCAUCCUGCGGAUCUUCACGGGCGAACAGGACCCCCGGGGCGGCAAGACACACACCUCCGCCGCUGCCAAGCAGGCAAAACGGUUGACUCUUUACCAUGGAACCCCACGGGCCCUCCUGAUACCUGACUUUGUGGACCCCAUUGAAUCCAACAAACUGGUGCUGCCCGUCGCCGGAGCCCACUUGGUCUACACGCUGCGGCCGCACGAGCCGCUCGCGAAGGCACUGCAUCUGCUGCCCGAAAACUGCCCUCUGCCCGGCUCCGCGAUAGUGCCCGGCCUGGCAUCGGCUCCGGCUAACUCGGGUGAUGCCCUGUUGAAGCCAAGACUUUUGAAGUCCAGUCCCUGCUAUCUUGACCACAUCACGGUAACUCUGCCUCCGUCGCUGGAGCGAUUUGAAGAAACCUUGCUGAGCCUUCUCAAUCAAGACCGACUCAACGCGGACGACCGCAUGCCGGACGGACACGCGGUCGCCGUGCAGGAGCGAAGGCUGCACAUCGGGGUCCACAACGGCUGGACCUUCGUGCAGGACCCGCAGGUGGCCGUGCUGGUGCCCGAGUGGGACACGGGCAAGGGCGGCUCGGGCAGCACAGGCGGCGUCCACAAGCGCUCGGCGUCGCUAACCCGCACAGGGAUCGCAGGCGCGUCCGGCUUGACGCUGCGCAGCCAGGUCAGGCUGCCGGAGAUGGUGAACACUCCGGGUUUUGCCGUCGUCUUCCGGCUGGAGUACGUCCUGUCUGCGCCCUUCAACUACGCCGAUGGCAAGGCGACGUCGUCGACCGCGUCGGCGCGUUCGUCCGUCUUCAUGCGCACCGUGCGCUGGUCGGCGUGGGACCCCUCCGCCGAGGCCGCGGACCCCAGCCGGGGGCGUUCCGAUCCCACGCUUGGCCGCGGGCGCGACGUCGCGGUGGCGCUGCUAGGGGGACCGCGGGACAACCCGGCGCGCGUGCUGGUGUACGCGGCGCACGCGGACUCGGCGGAGGGAGGCUGCGGCUCCAUCCGCUUCCGAUUCGGGUGGACGGAGGAGGAGGCUCGCCAGCGGGGCGAGCGGCUGCAGGCUCAGCGAGCGAGCCACGGGCCGCCCUCCGUCACACCGCGCGGUCACGCGGAGUCACGGCACGUGGCCAACGCGGUGUCCACUCCAGAUCACAUGGGCAGCGGCGUGAGAAGGACCAUCGUGGACGCGGACGAGGCGUCGCCCGAGCAGCUCCGCGGCAGACCCGUGACUCCGGUGGAUGCCCUCAUCCUGGCGCCCGGCGGCGGACUCCCCACCAGCUUCUUGUCGACACUGUCACGCGCGGCCUUCGCACGCCUCCACACUGCUGCCGGCCUCCUGGAAAUCCGCGACAUCCACGGCCGCAUCGCUGACAUGGUGGACCCAGGCGACCCUGUCGCCUUUGACCUCAUGCGGGAGGAGGCCGACCCUCUGAAGGGCAACGAGAUCGUGCUGCAGUUCGUGGCCUUCAGCAGAGCGUCAGGACGCGGUGGCGGGGGACGGGGCGGCAGCGUCACCCGUGCGCCCGCGUCCGUCUACUUCACGCUGCGCUUCUACCGCUUCCCACCGGCCGCCACGCGUGCUCUGGCCCUCUCGGAGGUGCCUGCUCACGCCCGAUGGGACGAGCCCACCCUUCUGCUGCCUCUGGGCCCCGACGGGGUUCCGCUCAAAGGCUCUCCGGGACUGCAUCUGAAGUACUUGGUGGAUCCGGGCACCAUGAAGGCCGGAGAGCUGCGCUACUUUUACGACUACCUCGCCCUGCACAGGCUGCACAUCGACGUGUGGGACGCCCGAUCGCUGCUGCCCAUCGGGACCUGCUCCGUCCCUCUCAAGCACCUGCUGCGGUGCGGGCGCGGAGCGGUGCAGGCGUGGCACCACGCGGACGUCGUCACGACGGACCACGAGCAGCUGCACCCGAGCGGCCCGCAGGCCCUCAGCACGGCCUCCGCUGUCGUCGCGGGGCAGCUACACCUGCGCCUGGGAAACAUCGGCCGCGUGGCAGAUCUGAAGAGGAGGAGGAGGAGGAGGACGGGGGUUGACGCGAUGCCGUCCGCGGAGAAGAGCGCCAGCAUCACGAGCGGCGGCGCCCUUCAGAGGCCCACCUCCGAUCUGGGCUGGUCCCGCCGUGCCGCCACGGUACCGCGUCUCGUCGACACCUACCCGGAGCUGGCCACCAUGCUGCUGUCACGCGCGCCGUCGCCCCUGCUGCCCGCGGAGGGCACCGCCGUGGACCCGGCUGGCACCCGCAAGCUCCAGCGCCUGGAGGCCGUCCGCCGUGCCGAGGGCGGCCUCACCAGCGGCGCCAGCGCCUUCGGAUUCCUGAGCCAGCGGGAGGAGCGCGCCCGGCGUCUGCGCGACCUGCGCGUGGUGGAGGCCUACCGUGAGCGGCUCAGGCCCGAGAGCAUCGCCAACGCGCUCGUGCGGGCGCUGACCACGCGCCACGCGCUGCACGCCGCGCCCGGCACCGCCGAGUUCUUCGAGUUCGCGCUGCGCAACCCCCACUCCACCCCCCAGACGGUCGGCGUGCAGAGCACUGACCCUGAGCUCAGGGUGAUUGUGGACGUCGAGGAGUGGCGCCACUUCAAGCGGCUGACGCGCAAGACCACGCCGCUGGAGGAGGGGCUGUUCGACGCGGCCUGCGGCGACGAGCUGAGCCCGCGGCUCUUCCUGAGGCCCCGCGAGACGGUUCUCGUGCCCUUCAAGUACCAGAGCUUCGAGGCGGAGCAUGGCGGCGACACGCCGCAGGGUCCCGAGGACCCCAGCAGACCGUGGGUUGCCGCGAUUACUUCCCAGCAGCAGGCGUCCGCACGACGGGGAAAGGAAAUCAAGGUGUUCUUCCGCACGCCGGACGACCUUCCCAUCGCCAUCCUGCAGGUGGACGUGGAGCCCCAACCUCCCCUCGUCAACGAGAUGUUCCGCUUCUGCCAGCCGGAGCUCACCAUCCUCAAAAAGACGAUCCGCUUGCCCGCGUGGCACAGCUUCUCAGGUAGGGCAGAAGCCCGAGCCGAGCAGCAGCUGCAUGUGAGAUGCAGCGAUGCCAACAUCUUGUGUAAGACGUCGAACUCGGGCGCGUCGGAGCCGUGCGACAUUUUCGUGAAGGUCUCGGGCAGCCCGUCGCCGCACGUCACCGCGUUUUUCGUCAUGAUCUACACGGACCCGUACCACGCGGUGCCCGUACAGCUGUGGCGCAUGCUGGUGCACUGGGUACAGCGCGUCGAAGUCUCCUGCCAGCUCGGCCAGUCGGCGCGCGCGUCUUUGCCGCUGCGGGGGACUCGCGCCCUGCGCCGGGUCCAGUGCCACGUGGCCCAGCCCGACGCCGCCGUCGUCGAGGUAUCUCCGCGGGACGAGUUCACGCUGCAGCCAGACUCGGUGCACGAGGUCUCUCUCCGUGUGCGCCCGCUCUCCGCCGGUACCCGGAGCCACCUGCUGAGCGCCGUCGACACGGAGUCGCUCACCAUGCUCAACUGCUGGCUCGUCUGCGCCUCCUGCUCGCCACCCGUCAUCUCCAGGGAGUUUGAGUUCCGCUUGCCGGCAGGUGGCGCCAAGGGAUCCAGCAAGCGCAUCAAGUACACCAACCCCUACGGGGAGGCCCGCAAGCUGGAGCUGCAGGCCAGCCGGCCCGACCUCGUCAUCUUCAAAGAGGACAUCUUCGAGGUCGCCGCGCGAGGGGAGUACAGCAUCGGCCUGCGCUUUGUGCCGGGCGCGGCGCGGGGAACGGAGUCCAUCCUCAUCUUCAUCAACAACACGGAGGGGGACAACGAGGAGACACUGUGCGUGCGAGUCACCUACGACUGACGGACGGCUCCGUCCCGAGCUCUCCCCGUGGGCCGUGGGGCAGCUGGGGAGGAGAGGAAGGGAAUCAGAUGAGCAUGCAACGACGCAUCGAUGCGCUGACUGAAUUUUCUUAAUUGCGACUCUAUAAAAUAAUUUUUAUUUUACCAGGUAGGGCCCACUGAGCUAUAUAGCUCUUUUUCAGAAGCGACCUGGCCACAAAUGGGGAGAGAGACAUGCAAAUUGCAAAUAUAUACGGGCAUCAGGGU